AUGGACGCAGAGGUGUACAGGAUUUUGAAGGAGGAAGGAGAUGUUGAGGAGCGGAUGUGCAGGAUACUGAGCUUGAAGGAUAGUAUGGGAUGCAAGGAAGCCGUGGCAUAUUUAUUGAAAGAAAGCAUGAAUAUGAUUGCAGUGAGUCCAGAGAUGCAUUGGAAUGUGCUGAGCAAAGUGCCGACAGACUUUAUUGGUGGGUUUAUGCCUGGGCUGCUAUCGUUAUACUUCAAUGUGCUGAAGGAUGUAAAGACACAUGCACGGACAAGGAGAAGUGUAAUACGAUCGAUGGAGUAUGUGAUAGAGAGUGUAGAUGUGUUUGAUGAUGAGUCCGAGAGAAGGAUCUACGAGUUUUUCUACUUCAACCGGAAUGCAGAGUAUGAGAAUGGAUAUCGUGUGUGCUACAGAAAGCUGAAGAAAGAGGGAAGAGCUUUUUUUGCAUCUGAGCUUUUGCUGCUGGGGCAUCAGCUUGAGGAAGAGGAUUAUGAAGUGAUAAACAGCAAGGCUGUUGAGCUUUUCAGUCCAAGGCUUGUUGGCCGACUUUUGGAAGACGGUAGAUAUGUACACUCUGAGGAGGUGUUUGAGAUGCUUGUGCAGAUGUAUGAAAGAGGCGAGGAAGUAGGCAAGACUAUUUAUGAGAUUCAACGAAUGUGUGGGAUACGGAGGGUUUUGGAGCUGUGUGUAGUGAAUGAAGAGAAUACGCCGGCGGUUCUGCACACAAACAGGAUAGAGAAGAUUGAGAGGUACUUGGCGGAGACCGACUGGAUUCCGAUGCAUGUUGAAGUAGUUGGAAAGUAUCUAGAGAUAUGUAAGAGUGCUGAUGAAGUGAUUCGUAGCAUGCUUUUUCGAAGGAUGGGAUUGCAUAAGAUGGUCUCUGAGCAUUAUGACGAGCUUGUUGAGUAUGGAUCCAGGAUGAUGACAACGAAUGCACAGGUUCUGAUCAAUCUAAUUGGAAUAGAGUUCCGGCCAAGAGUGAGCGAUGUUGUUCUUGAGGUGAUAGAGCUUGUGAGUGAAACAAGGAGUGUAGAGAUAUUGAGCCAGCAGCUAUACUUUGUAAAGGCUGUUGUUGAGAAGCGUUGCAUGCGAAGAUCGAUUCUGCGGAGAAUAUUUGAUGGGCUGGUGUAUCUUGACAAUGCAGACUACAGAGUCAGAUGCAUGAAGUAUGAGAUUAUUGCCGAGAUACUUGACCAAUAUGUAUUAAUGGAUAUAGUUAUUGAGGGGAGAUACAGUAAGCAUGAUGGCUUCACCACGGAACGAAAUGAAGAUUCAGGAAAUAGAAUAUAUAAGAUAUGCAAGUUGAAUGGCUACCCAGAUGUGCCUGAUGGAUUGGUGGAUUCCGAGUGCAUUGAUGAAGACAAUGUGAAUGUGCUUGUUGCUACGCUGUGGAAUGAGAUUACAACAGUGCCUGUUGAGGGAGAGAUGAAGGCGGUUUGUAUUCUUUUAAGAAAGAUGAUUGAUGUGAGUGGGAAGUUUAUUGAAUCGAGGAUCAUGAAGUCUGGAUUUGUUCUGUGCCUGAUGGAUCAGCACAAGGUGUGCGGAUUUAACGAGACAAAGAGAAAUGCAGUGAAUGCGCUUCUUGGGCUGCUUGAGAUGCUUAUGAGCUAUGAGCUUACAAAGCCAAUGUUCCGCAGAGUGUUUGUGUUUUUAGUAGAAUACUUCCAUGUGAUUGAUGUUACGCAUCUGUUGGAAGUAAUGAUUAGGAAUGACAGAUACUACUGCUUACUCAUAUACCAUGAGCUUUAUGUAAAUGCAUGUAAGGCUCCAUCCAGGCAGCUUAAAGCCUUUCUGAUGAAGAGCUUAAGAAAAAAGUAA